UCUUCUAUUUAUGAUGAAAGUUAUAAUAAUAAUAAAAAAUCUAAAAAUCCUUUGGAAUCAAAAAUCUUUUUAGAACCAAAAACCUCAUUAGAGCCAGAGAUUUUUCUAAAACUAGAAAAUCUUCUUGAACAAGAAACUUUAUUAGAACAAGAAACUCCAUUAGAACAAGAAACUUCAUUAGAACAAAAAAGCUUGAUUGAUUCUGAGUUUUCUUUUGAAUUUGAGUUAAACCAUAAUAACUGCCUGAAGCAUAUUAUUUAA